UGGAACACUAUUAUAUCUAUGAUCACGUUCGUAUUACGUAGAAAAGAGGCUUGGAACGCAGUGUUGUGACAUAUCUCGAAUCAACUGAUAUAUUAUACAUGGUUUCACUAUUUAGCUAUUGCGCUUCGCGCGUUUUCAGUUCAGUGCUUAAUAUUCCCACUUGUCGUCUUCUGUUCGGAAGAACUUGCGUUCCAGCUGUCACACUCUGCAGGCGUCAGAACAUGGCAAACAACCAAGGGCAGCGCAUGGUGUGGGUGGAUCUUGAGAUGACUGGUCUAGACAUUGAGGUGGAUCAAAUCAUUGAGAUGGCAUGUCUGAUAACAGAUUCUGAUCUGAACAUUCUCUGUGAAGGCCCAAAUUUGAUAAUCCAUCAGCCAGAUGAAUUACUGAAUGGCAUGUCUGACUGGUGUAAAGAACAUCAUGGAAAGUCUGGCCUUACUCGAGCUGUUCAAGAAAGUCACAUAACUUUACAACAAGCAGAAUAUGAAUUUCUCUCUUUCAUCCGGCAACAUACUCCACCUGGUCUUUGCCCUCUAGCAGGAAAUUCUGUGCAUGCAGAUAAGAAAUUUCUGGAUAAAUACAUGCCACAAUUUAUGAAACACUUGCAUUACCGAAUCAUCGAUGUAAGCACAGUGAAAGAACUUUGCAGGCGUUGGUAUACUGAUGAAUUUGAACAGGCACCAAAGAAAAAGGCAUCCCAUAGAGCCCUGGAUGAUAUCAAAGAAAGCAUCAGGGAAUUGCAGUUUUACAAAGAAUCCAUUUUUAAAAUGAAAACCAAGAAGAGGAAAAAAAAGGCUGAUAAUGGAGAUAAACCCAAGGAGAAAUGUGGGACCAGUAAUUAGUUUUUUGGGAGGUUUAUGCAGUUUAUAUGUGGCUGAUGCACUCGGGUUUGGGAGAGUAUGCAGAUAACUUUUCGUUAUAUGCCAAUAUAAAUAUGUGUAAUAAAAACUCUUACUUUA